UUAAGUCGAUUUUGUACAUUUGUGUUCAAGAGACAUGUUUGUGUAACGCGUAAGUACUUCUUUGUGUUUAAGUGAAGAAGUUGUACGGAAUAGCGACGUUUCUGAAAGUAAGACAGCGGUGUGUCGGUAGUGAAUGAUUUUACGUUAUCUUCUCAUUGUUCUGCUGGUUGGAUACCGGGGAAAUUAACCAAUCAAACAGAAGAAAGGAAUUUAAGGCAAAAUGGACCUGGCAGGACAGACGCGAAGAAGGGCGUGAUAAAUGUGUUUUCAGAUGGCGUGUGGUUAAAGAGCUAUAGAGUCGCCAAUUCGUUUUCUGGGGAAAAGCAGCUGUUUUCUUGUUUCAAACGACUCGCAGAUGUUUUGAUGCCGUGAAUUCUUCUGGAGUAUUUAUAAAGCCGAUCAGAUAUGAGUUCCACGUGUCGUUCUGCAGACCAGAUUCAGGUUACCUCUCAGGCGCAGGAAGUGCGAAAAAGUGAACUCAGCAUAGCAUCAGCACGGGCAUCGGUUAUGGUGUAUGAUGACAUCAAUAAAAAAUGGAUUCCAAGUGGAACAUCAUCUGGUUUGUCAAAGGUUCAAAUUUACCAGCAUCAAGUGAACAACACAUUUAGAGUAGUUGGUCGCAAACUACAAGAUCAUGAGGUUGUUAUUAACUGUGCCAUUCUGAAAGGUCUGAAGUACAAUCAAGCAACUGCAACAUUCCAUCAAUGGAGGGACAAUAAACAAGUGUAUGGACUGAACUUCAGCAGUAAAGAAGAUGCUGAUUCAUUUGCAAGAGCUAUGGCUCAUGCCCUAGAUAUCCUAGGUAACGCUCUGUCUAGGUCUCUAGGACAGCCUCCUUCUGUCUCAAGCACACAACCAAUCUACCAAGUCUCCAGUAAUGGGCAAUAUGAGGAAGACAUGGGAUACAGUAAGACGCUAUGCCUUCCUCGAGUGUCCCUUCAUCAACAGAUGCCAUGCAGUGUUGCAAUAGCAUCACGAAUCCCAAGUCCUGGCGGGGGGACCAGUUCGAGGACAAUGACAAGGGAAGAUGUAGCAAUCAUUCAAGAAAGAAGAAUGUCAACGCAACAGCCACAACAAGAACAGCAACAACAACGACAACAGCUUGUCGGUGGCGGUUCUUCACCGGGAAGCUCUUCACCCAGUAGCACUGGUGGGCCGCCUCCUUGUCAACCACCACAGCCCCCACAUCCUCCUGGGUCUGGUCUUCCUCCGGGUCACCAUAGGGCAUCAUCUGCGCCGCCAGCUCCUCAGCCCCAACCACCUCAGGUGGCUCUCCAACAGCAGACGCCUCCCGGUGGUGCUCCACCAAUUACGACUGUUGGUGGCCCACCUGCACCUCCCCCGGCACCACCUGCUCCCCCCGCACCACCGUGUCCUCCAUGGCUGGGUGGUGGUUUACCUUCCUCAAAUGUGCCGCCAGCUCCUCCUGCACCUAGUGCGGCACCACCUCCACCACCACCACCUCCAGCUCCGAAUGUCACACGAUCUUCUAGCAAUGAUGGGCAAGAACAGGGAUCAUCUCUUGCUGCCCAGCUUCAAAGUGCUAAGCUACGCCGUUCGAGCAAGCAAUCAGCUGAAAACAGUGGAUCAAGUACAAGUAGCAGUGGUAGCAGUAACUAUGGAACUAUUGGGCGCAGUGGCAUGGCCAGCAUGACUAGUAUGAUGGAUGAGAUGGCAAAGACACUGGCUCGCCGCAGGAAAGCUGUUGAGAAGAAAGAGCCUGCAGAAGCACAGGAUAGUGAUGCUAGUCAGGACAAAAAGUCAUGGGACAAAAGUGGUGGCAAUGGAAAGUUUGCCAAUGGUUCUGGGUCAGAAUCACCAAAGCCUUCUAGAAAACGUUUUGGAUCCUCUUCAGAAGAACAAGGAAUGAAAGUUAAUGGUGUACAAGAAGGCACAGGCACUGGCUGUACUGACCUAGAGAGCUUGAAACAAGAAAUACUCAGAGAAAUGAAAAAGGAAAUGAACAAAAUGAAGCAAGAUAUAAUAGAUGCUUUGAGACAGGAGCUUAACAGAAGAUAAUGGCCGCCACUUAAAAAGUCUCCAAGUUCCUAAGCCAGGUCGUUUGGUGCUCCCUUCUCUUCCACACCCUUUGUCGAUUUGGCUUUUUGCGGCCUAUGUCGCAGAGUUAAUCACUGCUUUUUGGUAUGUGGCCAACAUAUGUUGGAGGAAGAGGCAGUUGUAUCAUUUCUCUACAGGCUCAGUGCUGUUCCCCCAUACUCCAGCCAUAUAAAUUCCAAGUGAUUAGUAGUAUAUGUGAAAGUGGAAAAUAUUUAAUGGUGAUAAUAUUCAGCCUGCUGCAGUAUGAGAAACAAUUUCAGUCAAACUUGCGUACUAUUUACUUUCCAUAUUUUUUACAUAAAGUAUUUGUUUACAUUUCAGUACUGAUAUUUAUUUUUAAUGUGAAUAAAUGUAUUGUAACAUUCACUGUGUGUUUUUGUUGUAUCGUGGAUUUUCUGCUUCAAUGGGAACAUGUGUCUGAUAUUUACUCUUUUUUGUAGACUGUUGAAAUCUCAUUGCAAAUAAAUGUUGUGGGAUGUGGCACGUAUGUUCAUACUUCAAAAAAGAAAAAAAUAGAAUUGUUUCUUAAAAAAACAAAAAAAGAGCAACUGACAUAAUUAAAUGCUUGCAGGACCUUGCAGGGUUAUAUCAGGUUUGUCCAUUGCCACUCAACCUAGAUUAAGGCAGUGGUCAGCAUUGCACAGAUUGGUUUCAUUGUAGCAAAUAUUAUAUAUUAAUGUUGCCAUGCUCCUCUCUCUGUCUGUAACUGUGUGUGUGUGUGUGUGUGUGUGUGUGUGUGUGUGUGUGUGUGAGCACUGUUGAUGAAAGCAGAGGGGAGGAUUGGUGUAUUUCAUCCAGUAUUCAUUAUUUUUUAUGUAACUGCCCCAAAAGACUUGUGAAGAUGCGUAUCUUUCACACCUACAAAACAGCACAAGCUUGUUUUCUGAAAUUUGUACAGUAGUAUUACAGAAUAUUCAAUGAUCUCACUAUGUUUUAUGUGAGUUGACUGUUGGCUGAGUACAUAUAGCCUUGAUUGUGAAAUAAGUAUCACCAAAAAAAUUUUGCGCAUACUCAACAGUAGCUUCCUCUUGAUACUGUCUGUUAAGACAUAUAAAUAAAUAUAUAUAUAUAUAUAUAUAUAUAUAUGAUCAUCAGUGUUUAUAAGUAAAUAUGUUUGCUGGAUAAAUGUGUAAAGGAUAAUUUACUGAAAAGAUAAUGUAAAAUUUCGAAUUUUACUGUGUGAGUGUGUAAAAGAUAUAAUUAUGGAUUUACAGCCAUUUUUACAUUCACUAUUAGGCAACCAUACUGCAGCUGGAUCAUUUCUGUUGAUAAAUACCUCUGCAUAUUCAUUAUAUCGUACAAACAAAAAUCCUACAUCUGGAGCAGUUUCAGGCCUUUAAUUUAUUCCUUGCAGGUUCCAAGGAACUACUCAGAAGAUAUGAGAGAAAAUGGCUGUAGCUUUGUUUGUAAUGUAUAGGUGUGUGUAAAUGUGCUGUAUUAAUUGUCCAAGAUGACAAACGGGCUCUUGCAGUUUAAGUUGAUGCGGUUUUUAUUGCAAUUUAUUCAUAGUGCAGUCAGUGUAUAUGUGUGAGUGUGUGUAUAUAAUAUAAUAUGGUUUUGACAGGCAGCAAUCAGGCGCAUGGAUUUAUUUGCAUUUAUUUAACAGUGUUUACAUUUAGGUACAUAAGUGUAUUAUAUAAACAGCAGCAUUAUUUAAAACUAAAGGACAUUCCGGAGAGAGCAGUCAUUCCUUAGUGAUGUCCAGAGUCAUAGGAAUUUGUAUUGACAUGGAACUGAAAACAUUUGAAAAUAAAGUUUUUGAAGUGAUCAGUUAUUACAUUUAGACUAAUCAUGAAAUUUAUUUAUUUUAUAUAGCAUUGUAACUGAUUAUAAUAUGCUCAAGAAUUUACUGUGGUACAUGCCUUGUGAAAUUAUUACAAACCUAUUUGAUACCAAUCCCGAUUUUUCAGUUAAGGUCUGAUUGUUUUACUUUUGUAUAACAACAUACUGUAGUUUGUAAACACGUGUAGCAUAUAAUUUCUAUGAAUAUUGUUUGAAUUAUAAAAACCCAAACUGUUUCGUUUCAGUAUUAUUAAAAAUAAAAAACCACACAAGACAGACAAAAUUAAGAAGUACCACUAGCUACAAAAAAUUGCCACCGAAUGACUGUGCUUCCAGCAGGUGUCUCCUGUGGUAAGUCUUGGUGGUUGUCAGCACACAAAUUUUUGUAUGAUAUAUAUUUUUUAAUUUCUGUGAGUCAGUAACAUUUCUCAGAGGAUAAAGUGAUUUGUGUUAUGUCACCCUGUGAUUUGAGAAUGAAUGUUUCUUUAAGCACAAAGGAAGUUGUAGAAAAUCAUUUUUGAUAUCUCUUCUAUAUUUGUAAAAAAUAAUGUUUUAAUUGAAACAUCUAAGACAUUUAGAAAUUGUUUUUAAUAUUAUUUGUUAAUAUAUUUAUUUUACUUUUUUUGUUAAUACCUGUAAUUUAUGCCAAAUAUAUUUUGACUGUGUGAAAUAUUCUUGGACUGUAUAUUUGUAGCAGUGUUCUUUGUUUAUAUGCAAACUUUAUUAAAUAAAGUCAGAUCAGUAGACAAA